AUGAAUGACAUUAAAAAAGACCUCGUCACCAGUGAGCAUGUUGAAGGCACCGAUGUACAGCCACUGACACUGCCCGAGCUUGAAGCCCUCGAUAGCAUCGAGCAGACACCAUCGGGCAGAUUUGUAUGGCUGACGUCGUUGACAGCAGCUCUCGGUGGCCUCCUCUUCGGCUACGACACCGGUAUCAUUGCUGCUGUUCUCGUCUACAUCGGCCGGGCCCUCGACCACAAGAACCUUUCGGCGUCGGAGCGUGAGCUGAUCACGUCCAUCACCAGCGGUGCCGCUUUUUUCGGCGCCAUCCUUGCCGGCCUCUGCGCCGACCGCUUCGGCCGUCGCCCACCCAUCUAUUUUGGUUGUGUGCUCUUCACUAUCGGCGCCGCCUUGCAGGCCUCCGCCUUCACCGUCGCCCAGAUGACCGUCGGCCGCCUAGUCGUCGGCUUCGGCGUCGGCAGCGCCUCCAUGAUCGUGCCCAUGUACAUUGCCGAGAUCGCGCCCGCUCGACUGCGUGGCCGCAUGAUCGGACUCGACAACAUGUCCAUCACCGGCGGCCAGUUGGUCAGCUACGGUAUCGGCGCCGCCUUUGCCAACGUCCCCGGCGGUUGGCGCUAUAUGGUCGGCGGCGGCGCCAUCCCGGCCAUCAUCCUCGUCGGCCUGCUCUCCCUCUGUCCCGAGUCGCCUCGACAGCUCAUCUACCAGGGCAGACCAGAAGAGGCUGCCGCCGUCAUCCGCCGCAUAUACCCUCAGGCCUCUGACCAGCAAAUCCGCGACAAGGUCCGCCAUAUCACCCUCUUCGUCGACGAGGCCAAGUCGCUCGUUCGCGGAAAGUCCAUGUGGUGGAACUUCCGGCAGCUCUACGGUAUCGGGGCCAACUUUCGCGCUCUCACUGCUGCCUGUGGCCUUAUGGCCAUCAGCCAGCUCAGCGGCUUCAACAGCCUCAUGUACUACUCGCCCACGCUUUUCUCUCUCGUCGGCUUCAAAGACGCCGUCGCUGUCAGCACCGUCAUCGCCGGCACAAACUUCCUCUUUACCAUCGUCAACCUUUUUGUCGUCGAUCGCGUCGGCCGCCGCACUAUCCUCCUUCUUACUCUCCCCCUCAUGGGCAUUUUUCUUGUUAUCGCCGCCGUCAUGUUCCACUGGAUCCCCAUCGACCUCCACACCCUCGACCUCCUUCCUGGCGUCACUCCCGGCGCCCACGAGAUCAUCGUGCUUAUCUGCAUGGUUUUCUUCGUCGCUGCCUACAGCUCCGGCUGUGGAAACACCGCCUGGCUCUCGUCCGAGUUUUUUCCCAUGGAGGUUCGCGCCCUUGGCACCAUGAUGUUGUCUAUGACCUGUUGGGCAAGCAAUGUCAUCGUGUCCUCCACCUUCCUCACCCAGAUGGAAAACACUACUCCGUCCGGUGCCUUUGGCUUCUAUGCUGCUAUCUGCAUUUUUGGCUGGGUUGCUGUCUACUUCUGCUACCCAGAAGUCAAGGGAGUCACGUUGGAAGACAUCACCAAGAUUUUCCAGCAUGGCUUUGGCGUUAAGCUGGCCAACGAGAUGCAGCGAGAUCGAAAGCAUGUUGCCGUCGUCUAA